ACGCAGGGGUUGUGGGUAAAGUUAAUAGAAUACAUACUUUGUGUAAUAGAAGUAGUUUGUUAUUGUUACUUUAAUAAUCAAUCAAAAUUAACUUUAUAAACUGACCUUUGAGAUGUAAAACUUCGCAUUUCUCUCCCACUUCCCCUGUUAUUCUCUCUCCAUCCUGUGUAUCCUUCGUCAAUAUCAAUCUCCCCAUUGAAGCAUAAUCUCAGAUUCCAAGUGUGAAUCAUCAAUCAAUAUUCUUGGCACAAAUUAGGUGGUCAAGUUGAAGGAGAGCAUCUUAGUAGAGAGCAAUGAGCCAGCGCCCGUCUGCACUUACAAGACCAACUUCAAGCAAGAGAAGAUUGAAAGACCUUUUGCUUCAAAAAGAUAAUCGUGUAUGUGCUGAUUGUGGUUCUCCAGACCCUAAAUGGGCGUCGACCAAUAUUGGCGUUUUCAUAUGCUUAAAAUGCUGUGGUGUGCACAGAAGCCUUGGAACUCACAUUUCAAAAGUUUUGUCUGUGACAUUGGAUGAAUGGUCUGAUGAUGAAAUUGAUGCAAUGGUUGAGGUUGGAGGUAAUGCUUCGGCAAAUUCAAUCUAUGAAGCUUAUAUUCCUGAAGGCAUUUCAAAGCCAGGACCAGAUGCCAGCCAUGAGCAGCGUUCUAAAUUCAUUAGGUCUAAGUAUGAGCGACAAGAAUUCUUGAAACCAAGCUUGCGUAUAUUGUCAAAUCAGAAAAAAGGAUCUCUCAAAACAAGUUUAUCCAACAAGAUCACAGAGAGCUUUCAAAGUUCAAGUUCGAGUUCACAAAAAUCUGAAGGCAUGAUUGAAUUUAUUGGAAUGCUGAAGGUUAAAGUAAUUAAAGGCACAAACUUAGCCAUCAGAGAUAUGCUCUCAAGUGAUCCUUAUGUUGUCUUGAAUCUUGGGAAACAGAAAGUGCAAACAAGUGUAGUAAAAAGCAAUUUGAAUCCAAUUUGGAAUGAGGAAGUAAUGCUUUCUGUUCCACAAGAUUACGGAGCUGUAAAACUGCAAGUAUACGAUCAUGAUACAUUCUCUGCUGAUGAUAUAAUGGGGGAGGCCGAGAUAGACAUCCAGCCUAUGAUAACAUCUGCCAUGGCAUUUGGGGAUGCUGGAAUGUUUGGUAACAUGCAGAUUGGAAAAUGGCUAAAAUCAAAUGAUAAUGCCCUGCUGGAUGAUAGCACUGUAAACAUCGUGGAUGGGAAGGUGAAACAAGAAGUAAAUCUUAAGCUACAAAAUGUAGAAUCUGGAGAUCUUGAAUUAGAAUUAGAGUGGAUCCCUCUUGACCAAUAGGUGUAUAUAAGAUUUUAGAAUUUUUUUGCUACUUACCCUCCCAUUUGCGUUUUUGAAAUAAUUACAUGUAUGAACUUUUGAAUUAGAAAUAUUGGAUAAUCCAUGCUGUUG